UUUUUGUUGCUUUUGUUUGAAAAAGAAAUGCACAAGGACAAAAUGUACGAAGUAUAUUUAUCUAUAUAUUCUAUAUCAGACUUGUGUCUUGCUCCUAUUGAGACAGUAGUGACUCUAUUUACUAUAAAAUACUGUGAAUCAUCGAUUGAUAUUAAACUAAUAUUAAGCAAGCAAGAUCCAACUGAACGAGCGUAUGAGAUAAAUCUCUCGAGUUUUGUUUAUAAGGUUGUAAGUGAAAUACCUUGUUAUGCAAGUUCUUGUAAACUACCAUGUUUGAUUAUAAAUAAGUAUAGUUGCGUAUCCGGUUUAUGUAUCGUCUUGCGUCAAAUUAUACAAGAAGUGGUUUCAGUACCUUCGAUGUACCAAUAUUUAAAGUUAUUAGGCUUUAGAUUUGGCAGCUUGAAAGUUUCCUCCGAGACAUGUGCGUGGACUAAAUUCUGUGAGGUCGAUCUUAUUUCAACUUUGAAGUACUUGGAUACAAGUAGUCUCAUACUACCUGCCAGCUUAGCCAGAUUCGAAUGCCACAUGUCUACGCCGAUCAAGCUACACAAUAAGCACAGUUAUUCAUUGUGCAAGAAAUUUGCUGCCAUUGAUAUAGCUAAGCAGGAUGGGACAGAUUUAUGGGAGCACGGGUAUGUCGAGGCUCCGCAUAUCACUUUAUCUGAUAUAAUUAUAUUUGUGUGCAUGCAUAUGUUGCUGAGUGCGUUCUCGAGCCAAACGUUGCCGAAAUUGGUGCCAUUGACUGUCAAAUGGUACGAUAGAAUGUUGGCAGAUCAACGUAUGAAAAAGUGCAUCAGUUGCCUGCCUCUGCAGAAGAGCCACUAUCUAAACGAACUCCAGUACACGCUUCCAACUAUAGUCAACGAGCCCUUGUACAAUAGCUCUCCUAAACGGUACAAGCCGGGAAAACGCACCUACACGAAACAGGAAGACAUAGAACACUCGUUGCAGAUAGUUGAAAGUAUGAAAAUAUUAAUAGAACAUGACGCCGAACCGUUCGGUGCAGAAGUGGAUAAGCUGAACUGGACCGACGUGCCUUAUGAAGCUAGACCAGAAAGCGGACAUGUGCCAACCGCGCGACGCGAGCGAAAACGAGAGCAACUGCAGAAUCUGUGCAAAGCAGUGUUGAAAUUGGCAAAGGACGGUGACACUAUCGUGGACUUCUGCUCGGGUUCCGGACACUUGGGAAUACUGGUAGCGCAUUUGUUGCCUCGCUGCAAGAUCAUUCUGAUGGAGAACAAGGACAAACCCAUGGCCAUUGCCAGGCGAAGGGUAGAGAAAUUGGAGCUAAUGAACGUCCAGUUAUGUCACGGUAACUUCAAUUAUUUCAACUUGAAUUUCGAUAUCGGCAUGUCGCUGCACGCCUGCGGUGUCGCGACGGAUCUGGUUAUUCAAUCUUGCAUAGAGAAGAAUGCGAUCUUCGUAUGUUGUCCAUGCUGCUACGGCUCUGUGCAGGAUUGUCAUCGAUUGACAUAUCCGCGCAGCAAUGUUUUCAAGGAGCACAUUGACAAUCGAGAAUACUCGUUCUUGAGUCACGCUGCGGAUCAGACGCAUCAUCAAUAUUACUGCGAAGAGAACACCAAGACUGCGCAGGGCUACCGGUGCAUGGCGAUCGUAGAUAUGGACAGGAAGUUGUAUUCCGAACAAUUCGGAUACGAAGUUCAUUUGGGGAAACUAAUCCCGCCAACGUGUACACCUAAGAAUAAUUUGUUAGUUGGUAUACCAAAACACUGAAUAACGUGCGAUAAUAAUUGCGAAAGAUGAUUAUAUUUUCACCACGAAGAAAAUUAAACACGAUAUACCGAAA